AUGCGCUCGCAUCAUGGAUGCUUGACAUGUCGACAGCGAAAGCUCAAGUGUGACGAAGCCAAGCCUACGUGCGGACAGUGUACGAAAUCUGACAGAGAAUGCAUCUUUUCACAAGACACGAAGUUCCGCCAUUUCGACGUCCAAGGUCUGCUUGGGCAAGGACAAGAGAAGACAUUAGCAGGGCGUGCUGUAACUGAGGGACUCUUUGCCAAAGACCAUGUUUGGAUUGACAUUCCCGGCGACCUUACGUUUGUGAACAUCGCAAACCCAUACGAAGAUGACACGACGGCUUUCGAAGACGAAUUGCUAUUGCGGCAUGCAGGUGAUGGACUUACUUAUACUCGCUCCGACGAUAUCCCGCCGGCCCGGUGGGAUAGCACCUUACCGACGCCUCCCUCGCAAGAUUCAGGAAGCCAGCUUGAUCCUGACGCGGUGUCUCGGAUAGAUUGCGCUCAAGAGCCUCCGCGAGAAGUUCCAAACACACCAGAUAUCUUGUUGAACGACAGUAACAUCGAAACUUUCGGAACUGUAUCUCCUCCUACAGAGAGGGGCCCUCGAAGCUCUGUUGUCUACACACCACCGAUACUCGAAGCAGACGAUGAUGUUCCUGUGGAUGAAGACAUCAACGACCCAGAAACAAGUGUCCUUGGGCUUCAACUUCUUAGACACUUCCGAGAAGGUCCAGGGCAAUGGAUGGAUCUCUUCGACACAAGUGCCCACUUCUCUUGCAAGAUACCAAUACGAGCAACUACACGGCCCCUGCUCAAAUCAGCCAUUUGCGCCCUAGCGGCGAAGCAUCUAUCACGAACUCAAAGCGACAACUGCGAGAAACAAUCUACCCGCAGCGCUAGAGCAUCACUUAGCUCUCCGACUUCCAGGACACCAGAUUGGCAAUACCACGCCGUCCGAUACUACCACCAAGCGAUCCGCUGCCUGAAGCAUGCUAUUGCUCUCGGUGGAUACGAUAAUACCCGAGAUAUGGACGGUGGUCGACACACCGAUACCUUCGCUGCAGUUGCCAUUCUGUGCAUGUAUGAGCUGAUGAAUGCUCCGGGGAACGCAUGGAAGGCGCAUCUGACGGCUCUGCCCCUGUAUUCUGCGUCAGACAGUAACCUUACUGGCUGCUCACCAGUACCCAUCCCACAGUCCCCAAUCAAGGGGCCAAUAUUCUGGAGCUUGGCUAGGCAGGACUUUCUCUGCGCGUUCAUCAGCGAGACGCAAACUCGUCUGAACCUCGACCACGUUCGCCUCUGGCAGAACUUUGGCCUAGCGACAGACGAAAAUAGCCUCCUCCUCCCCUUCAGCCCCUUUUGUACCGCCGAUAUCCGUGCCUCGACCGACGUAGACGAAGACUCGAAAAGCAACGAGCUCCUCUGGCUCCUCGGAAAGGUUGUAAACUUCAUUACCUCGGGAGAUGGCAUCAUACCGGAAGACUACUCCAGACCAGCGGGCCAACGCAUGUCUCUUGGGGUCACACAAGAGCUGCUCCUCCAGCGAUGGGAGAAGCUUGAGAUGGAGCUGCAAAGAUGGUACGAAAGCCUCCCGCCAACUUUUGCCCCGAGUGCCAGAACCAAGUACACGACGUCGACGGAGGGCGGAGAAAAUGUCAAGGAUAUGGAGAUGAUAUGUUAA